AUGUUGAGAAAUUUCAUCCGAAGGGAUGGGUAUAUCAUUCUAACCCGAACAUCUAGACUGUUCCCAACACAAGAAAUUGAAGUCCCUGACAGUAGAGUACAAGAGGGUAAGGCUCUUGUCAAUCCACCAGCGGCUCCUAUGGUUUCAUUGAGAGAAGCACUAAGGUCACCUCCAAAAACCAAAACAACUGUUCGCGGGAAAGUCAUUCAGGAUGAAGAAGAGCGCGACAUCCUGGUAGGAAAGUCGAAAAGUCCGACAAAGAUGAGAACAAUUUACAUACAGGAUGAAACGGUGGACAGAGUAAAAGUGGCUUUGUGGAGAAACACUAACAAAAACGUCAGAACUGUGGAUUUCGUCAAAAUCACUUAUUUGACAAUACACACUUACCAAACAAAGUACACAACUGAAACCAGCUUCAAUUCUACCUACACAACUUCAGUUACUAAAGUCGAACCACCAACUGUACAUGUGACACUUACAGUAAUUAGUGCCUGUGCACAAGAUGACGUUACAGAACUUCUCCUCAGUGAUGACUCUGUGAGGGCAAUUCCUUCACAAUUAUUAAUGGCUGCCCUUCCACAAGAACUUGAAGAAGUAUUGGAUCCAGAAUCUUUCUUUGCAGAGCGAAAAACAAACUUAAGGCUGCAAUUAAAAGGAUCGGAAGUACUUUCAGUGAAACUUCAGUAAACUGUUAUACAUAUACAUGACAUUAUUCAGCAUUCCUAGUUUACCAUGUUUUCCCUAGUGUUUUUUUUUAUAAAUCUCCUACUUUUUCAUACAUUUUACAACAAGCUCCUACUUCUCCUAGUUAUGCCCCCCUUCAAAGAAGGGGGAUAUUGCUUUGCACAUGUUGGUGUGUUUGUCUGUCCGUCCGUCCACCACAUGAUUGUCUGAUGAUAACUCAAGAACGCUUAGGCCUAGGAUCAUGAAACUUCAUACGUACAUUGAUCAUGACUGGCAGAUGACCAACUAUUGAUUUUGAGGUCAAUGGUCACGGGUGAAGGUCAU